GUCUGCUCUAGCUGGAGCCGAAUGGUCCCGGCUCGUGGCGCGAGCUUCGGAAGAGGUGGGGGUCGCGUCACGUGCAGCGGCUCUGACCCAACGAUUCCUCCUUUCUCCAGAAUCAGCCUUCCAGUUAGAGAAUUGCCAUCUCUUCUUAGAGGUCUUUGAAAAAGCAGGAUUUGGGACCCAUUCACAACACCAUUUUCCACCAGAACUGGAGAAAGGACUGUCACAGUAGUGAUUUUCAUGGAUCUCAAUAGUGCCAGCACUGUUGUUCUGCAGGUCUUGACCCAAGCCACCAGUCAAGAUACUGCUGUGCUGAAACCAGCUGAGGAGCAGUUGAAGCAGUGGGAGAUACAGCCGGGCUUUUAUUCAGUCUUGUUGAAUAUCUUUACAAAUCAUACUCUGGAUGUAAAUGUAAGGUGGUUAGCUGUGCUGUACUUUAAAAAUGGAAUUGACCGCUAUUGGAGGCGUGUAGCACCACAUGCUCUUUCGGAAGAGGAGAAAUCUACAUUGCGUGCUGGGCUCAUCACCAACUUCAACGAACCAGUGAAUCAGAUAGCCACUCAGAUCUCUGUGUUGAUUGCUAAAGUUGCUAGGCUGGAUUGCCCUAGACAGUGGCCAGAGCUUAUUCCUACUCUUCUAGAAUCAGUGAAAGUCCAAGAUGAUCUCCGCCAACACAGAGCAUUACUUACUUUUUAUCAUGUUACUAAGACGCUGGCAUCUAAACGACUUGCUGCAGAUAGGAAACUUUUUUAUGACUUAGCAUCUGGAAUUUAUAGUUUUGCCUGUUCCUUAUGGAAUCAUCACACAGAUACAUUCCUACAACAGAUCUUUACGGGAGAUGAAGCUGCAGCUACAAAUUCAUUAGAAAGAACUCUGUUGUCAUUAAAAGUGCUUCGUAAAUUGACAGUUCAUGGAUUUGUGGAACCUCAUCGGAAUGUAGAGGUGAUGGGAUUUCUACAUGCAGUAUUUGAGCGACUAAAACAGUUUCUGGAAUGUAGUAGAAGUAUAGGAACAGAAAAUGUAUGCAGAGACCGUCUAGAAAAGACUAUUAUUCUGUUCACUAAAGUGCUUUUGGACUUCCUGGACCAACAUCCUUUUUCAUUCACCCCUCUGAUUCAGAGAUCAUUGGAGUUUGCUGUAAGCUAUGUUUUCACAGAGGCUGGUGAAGGAGUUGCUUUUGAGCGAUUCAUUGUCCAGUGCAUGAAUUUCAUUAAGAUGAUUGUAAAAAAUUAUGCUUACAAGCCAUCAAAACGUUUCGAAGAUAGCAGUCCUGAAACUCUUGAAGCACAUAAGAUAAAGACAUCAUUCUUCACUUACCCAACAUUAAUGGAGAUAUGUAGGAGAUUAGUCUCUCACUAUUUCCUGCUAACAGAGGAAGAAUUGACAAUGUGGGAAGAGGACCCAGAAGGCUUCACUGUAGAGGAGACAGGAGGAGAUUCUUGGAAAUACAGUCUUAGGCCAUGCACAGAGGUUCUUUUUAUUGAUAUUUUCCAUGAAUAUAAUCAAACCCUUACUCCUGUGCUUUUAGAAAUGGUUCACAGUCUACAAGGACCUACGAAUGUGGAAGAUACUAAUGCUCUACUGAUUAAAGAUGCUGUCUACAAUGCAGUUGGGCUGGCAGCUUAUGAGCUAUUUGACAGUGUGGAUUUUGAUCAGUGGUUUAAAAAUCAGCUGCUAGCAGAGCUACAAGUCUCUCAUAACAGGUAUAAGCCAAUACGCCGGCGAGUAAUUUGGCUGAUCGGACAAUGGAUUUCUGUAAAAUUCAAAUCUGACAUGAGACCAAUGUUAUAUGAGGCAAUUCGUAACUUGCUUCAAGACCAAGACUUAGUGGUCCGCAUUGAGACAGCUACAACACUGAAGUUAACUGUAGAUGACUUUGAGUUUAGAACUGACCAGUUUUUACCGUAUCUGGAAUCCAUGUUCACUCUACUCUUUCAGCUACUUCAAGAAGUCACAGAAUGUGACACAAAGAUGCAUGUUCUUCAUGUUCUUUCUUGUGUGAUUGAAAGAGUCAAUAUACAGAUACGGCCAUAUGUAGGAUGUUUGGUUCAGUAUUUACCCCUGCUUUGGAAACAAAGCGAGGAACACAAUAUGCUGAGAUGUGCCAUUCUAACCACUCUAAUUCAUCUUAUUCAGGGAUUAGGAGCAGACAGCAAGAACCUCUACCCUUUCCUACUUCCAAUUAUUCAGCUAAGUACAGAUGUUUCCCAGCCUCCACAUGUUUAUCUUCUGGAAGAUGGCUUGGAAUUAUGGUUAGUGACAUUGGAGAAUAGCCCAUGUCUUACUCCUGAGCUGCUGCGAAUCUUUCAGAAUAUGUCUGCCCUUCUUGAGCUAAGUUCAGAAAACCUCAGUACCUGCUUUAAGAUCAUCAAUGCUUAUAUUUUUUUAUCAUCACCUGAAUUUCUACAGGUGUAUUCAGGUGACCUAUGCCGAUCGUUUUGUGAGCUCUUAAAGGAUAUAACUACUGAAGGUCAAGUUCAAGUGCUGAAGGUUGUGGAAACUGUCCUAAAAGUAAACCCAUCAUUGGGGCCUCAAAUGUUUCAACCCCUUUUGCCAUCUGUAUUCAGGGGGAUUAUAGAUGGGGAGAGGUAUCCAGUGGUGAUGUCUACUUACUUGGGAGUCAUAGGUAGAGUUCUGCUACAAAAUGCAAGUUUUUUUUCACUGCUUCUGAGCCAGAUGGCAUGCGAGUGUGGUCAAGAGUUGGACCAGCUUCUUGGUAACAUGAUUGAAAUGUGGGUUGACCGCAUGGAUAAUAUUACCCAACCAGAAAGAAGAAAGCUUUCAGCUUUGGCAUUACUUUCACUUCUGCCAUCAGACAAUAGUGUUAUCCAAGAUAAAUUCUGUGGCAUCAUUAACAUUUCUGUGGAAGGGCUGCAUGAUGUUAUGACUGAAGAUCCUGAAACAAGAACAUACAAAGACUGCAUGUUGAUGUCUCAUUUUGAGGAGCCCAAAGUGACAGAAGAUGAGGAACCUCCUACAGAACAGGACAAAAGGAAGAAGAUGCUUGCACUGAAGGACCCUGUACACACUGUGUCGCUGCAGCAAUUCGUCUAUGAGAAGCUAAAGGCACAGCAAGAAUUACUGGGAGAACAAGCCUUUCAGGCACUUAUGGAAACAGUGGAUACAGAAAUAGUCACACAACUACAAGAAUUCUUGCAAGGCUUCUAA